AUGAAAACAAAAUCGGCCCAAGAAUUUAACAAGGAUACAUUUACCAUUAGAAAUUUGAAUUGGGAAAAUAACAAGAUUCAGGUGGAUACUAGCAAUAUAAUGUAUGACCCUAGUAUCAGUAAUCACGAUUCUGGCUUAGCAGGAAAACUUUGGAAGGCAAUAGUGCAGAUGGGCCUGAUGAGGAUGCUGGCUGAGGGUCUAAGAGAUGGAGCAGCUGCUAGACUUGGGCUGCUGUCAGGUGCAAAGACUGGACAGAUUAGGCUGCUACCACGAAAUGGGCUUCCAACAACUAGGACUGGGCCAGGCGAACAGAAUACGCAGAACUCAGGGACAGUGAAAGCCCUUCCCCUUCCAGAGUCUCUCGCUCUCAGCCCCCUUCCGCAGAAUGGCAAGGCACGCCUCUUCCCUUCCCUUUGCCCCUUCGUACCGCCGCUCCUUCUGAUCUGUUUUGGUCCUUCGGUGUUUGUCUUUCAACCUGUCACGCUCGCCUCUUUCCGUUCUCACUCUCUCUCCCAGUCUCACAGUCUCACUUUCUGCCAAAACUCAAAACAACCACCGGCCACCUUCGAAGCCACCAGCCACCACCGACCAGGAGAACACCGCCCACCGGCAGCUUCUUUCAUCUCCACUAAAGACGGUAUAAGCUAUUAUGAAUCUAUGAUUGUCGCCUUGAUAACAUGUCGUUUGGAAGGCAAAAGCAAUGCAUUGAUCUUGCCAGCAAAGAAAAGUAAUAAAAGGAAAGGCAUGAAUCAGAAUGCAUUGACAAUGUUUGCAAACGACUCCAUAAUCUUCUAUAUCUUGAGUGCUCUUGAUGCGCAGAUGUCAUGA